AUGAUAAACAGCAUUGCAACCCUACUUAAUGUAGCUCUGCGGGUGAUUACCGGUCUUUUUCAAAUUGCGGAAUGGUUCAUGCAGCACUCGCCAUACUGUAUUUAUGGUGAAGCAGACUUCGACGGUCUCUACCUCUCGCUUGUCCUGCAUUCACUGACCUCCGAUGACAGAACAGAAUCAACACAGCCGAAUGCGGCCAUGGAUCUCGUGGCUAACGAAGGUGGAUCGAAAGUCUACGUAUGUUACACACACAAGCUGGCCCCUAACUCCACGUGUGAGAAAGAGUGGCAUACUGGUGGUAUUGGUAAGCGGUCACGUGCAACAUGA